AUGAGUUUGACUGCUAUUUGCAGAUUUAAAUUCAUUACAUAAACAAUGAAGGUUUUAGUUAAAGUUAGUAGAAUAUUUAAGUUGAAAUACAAUCUAUUUAUUUCAAAUCUUUAUCAUAUUAAUUAAGAAAAGAUCAUAAUCGAAGAUUCGGAUGUUGAUGAUGAAAAUGAAGAAGAAGAAGAAUAAAUAGCUGAAAAACCUAAAAAGUAAAAUGAAAAAUUUAAGUCCUUCUUAGCUAGAGUUUUUACCUAAAUUUUAAUGGGCACGCUCAAAUAUCAUGGUGUUAAAUGA